CCUUCAGCAUUACUACUAGCGGUCUCCCGGAAGUGCGUGACACUGUAGUCAAUGAAUAGUUGCUGAAGUCUGCACACUAAACUUAACUCGCUUCUCCAAGUGUGUGAUUGGAAUGGCUCCAUUACUGGACUCGUCGUGUACCGCGCUGCUUCUCCUGCAUCUUAUCGGAGUGUGUUUCACAAAUUUUGCAACCGCAGAUGGAGUGAGAUCUGAACUCCACAUUUUCCAUCACUCAUGUGCCCUGAAGGAAGAUGAAGGGCCUUGCAAGGCGAUAAAGGACAGAUUCUACUUCAACAUUGACAAAGGUCGCUGUGAGGGCUUUGAAUAUGGAGGCUGUCAAGGCAAUGCUAACAAUUUCGAGACUCUGGAGGAAUGUGAGCAAAUGUGUGUUGUGAAAGAGAAUAAGAGUCCAUGCCACCUGGAGGAUGAGCCGGGGCCGUGCCGGGGUCUGGUGCCACGCUAUUAUUUUGACAGCAAGAGUCAGGAAUGCCGACUUUUCUUUUAUGGUGGUUGCUUUGGGAAUGCCAACAACUUCAAGACCAUCAAAGAAUGCCAGGCCAGAUGUCAUUCUGACUCAAAACACGAGGACCUGAAUGCUCCAUCAAAGCCAGUGGAAGAAGCCAAACCUGAUGUAGAAGUCAUCGUUAAACAUGAUGAUGCGCCUUUGAAUGUUUCACAUUUGCCCCUGCAGAAAGAGUCACGAGUAGCCGCACUGGAAACAGAGUUUAUUCCUCCUCCCAUCUGCAUGAGUCCUAUUGACAGGGGGGAUUGUGAUGGAUCAGAGCGGAGAUUUGUCUACAAUCCCAGGACUGGGAGAUGCCAGAUGUUUCGCUACAGUGGCUGUGGAGGCAACAAAAACAACUUUGUGCUUAAGAGACACUGCAUAAAGAUGUGCACGAAAGAUCGCAGACGGAGACAGCAGAUACGAAUAAAAACACGGAACUCCAACAUCUUAUACCAUUCUGUCUAAGAUGUACAUUACUCAUGAUACUGCUAUGACAGCAUCUGCUAUGAGGCAGAUGUACAUACAUUACUCAUGAUACUGCUAUGACAGCAUCUGCUAUGAGGCAGGACAUAAUUGAGAGCUCAUCUGGGUAUCAUACCCUGAGAGGGGGUCAUUGGAUGUAACAGAUAUCAAAUCACAAAACUUUCAACACUGCGCUUCAGAAACAGUUGUGUCAGCCAUAUUGUUGACUCAUACAUUUUGUAAUGCAUUUAUGAAUUUUAACCUGGGUUUUAAAUAUAGACAUUGUAUUUUAUGUGCAAAACACAAGAUUUUUUACCCUAUCUAUUUUAUUGUUUCCUGGGGAUAAAAAGACGAAUUACCUGUCAUUAUAGAUUACAUAUGUAGUUUGUUUUUGCCAUCUGUUGGCCUAUUUAACACUGUUGACUAUUUAUAGCUGUUAUUAAUAUUCGCUAAGGAUUCUAAACUCUUCUUUCUGUAAUUAUUUUUUAUUGUUCUCAAUGUUCAGAACUACUAAUCCUUCGACUGUGUAUUUACAUUAGUACAAACAUUUUCUUUAUACUUGUAUUGGUAUUGUGCUAUAAAUUUGUACAGCAAUAAACCACAGUGUAUUGUG